AUGAAUAGGAAUGUUUUAUUUAAGUUUUUCGAUCCCGUUACCUUAGCAGGUGAUCAAAUUCGAGGAGAAUGUUACUUAAGAAUAACAGAAGAAAUACCUAAGGCUUAAAUUGUUUUGACUUUUUAAACUAAAAUGUAUUCCAAGAUCAUUGAAAAAAGAUAGGUAAUAGUAUAAUUUUUGAAACUUAAGAUACCUUAUGAUCAGAGCAAUCCUUAAAUGAUUCCAGAGAAACUAGUAGAGAAAACUCAAAGGAUUUAAGUUACUUUAGAUUCUCCAUUAAGAUAACCUAAACAAACUCAAAAGAAAUAUGAGUUAAAUGGUGAAAUUAUGUAUAGAGUAAUUAGACAUUAUGGAACACAUGAAUCUUUUGUUUAUACUUAAGAAUUAUAUACUGGAUAAGUGAAACCAGGAGAUUAUAAGUUUUAAUUUAGCAUUCCUACCUAAUAUAAUAUGUCUUCAAGCUUUUCAUAUAAAAGUGAAGAUGGUAAAUUAUUCAAUUUGAAAUAGGAUUGAAAUAAGCUAAAUGUGGAUAUAAGGUAACAUUAAGAGUAGAUUUACCUGAUGAAGCAAGUACUUUGAUGAUGGAAAGUGCUGAUGUUUUUAUUAAUGGAAGAGUAAUUUCAGAAGGUGAAUAAUUUAGGUAAUGUGAAGGCAAUAUUGUUUAAUAUUUAUGUUUAAAUAGAGGAACCGUAGAACUCUCUUUAAAAUUAAACAAAAAUAAUUUCAUUCCUGGUGAAUAAAUACAAGUAGAAUACACAUUAGAUAAUACUCGUUCAUAAAGAUCAAUUAGCAGAGUAGAAGCUAGAUUGA